UCGACUACGACUUGCGUCACGUCUGGCGUUGGGAGCGUAUUUGCCGAUUCGCCGCCAACGAAGAGCAUGUCCAAGGAAGGGUACCUUAUCCGACAUGGGUCCACCGUCUCGGAGAUCGUGUACGUCGUCCUCGCCGACGGCAAGGUCCGCUUCUACGACGAGCGCCACGGCGCGUUCAUUGACGAGAUUGGCCUCUCGAAAACCAAGUUGAAGAUCCGCGGCGCGACGCCGGCCGAGGCGUACCAGUGCGACCACAGCUUCCACGUGAGCGUCUGCCGCACGCAGCUCGUCAACGGCCGACAAAACCCGAUUGGGACGCCCGAAAACUUUAUGCUCUCGGCGUCAUCCAACGCCGAGCGCAAGGAGUGGGGCAACGCGAUCCACUCGUGGCAGCGACACUACUGGCGCGAGCCGCAGCACGCGUCGCUCAACAUGAGCGAGGACGAAGAGGAAGCGUACUUUCGCACGCAGUACCAUUACCUCUACGAUCUCUUGAAGGGCUCGCUCCGCGGCAAGUUCCUCACCAAACGACGAUCGCUCUCGGCCUCGAACCGCGACGAGGUCGGCCCGACAAAGGCCCAGAUCCCGCCCAAGUCUGUCGACAUGUCUUCGCUCCCUAUUUCCAUGUACUCGUACCAGCAAAAAGUAUGCUAAAACCUCCAAUACUGUCCUGUGAUAUAUUAACAACAACCCGAAUCAACUACCAUAA